UGUAAAUAAAGGGAGCUGGAAGAGUUAAUAACCUCAUACAACUGAUACUUUCUGAAACAUAAAUUAUAAUUUUAAAUAUUAAUUUAGAUCCUAAAAUAUACAUGUACUAAAAUACAUGAGUGACAACGAUAUUACUGAAGAACAUUCAUUUGGGUCUUGCUUGCAACCGUUAGCAUUAACUGCUGGGAAUACAAUAUUUUCAUCAAAGACAAUCAAACAUAGAACACCUUCCUUUCCAGUCACAUCAAAUUACUGUCCAUCGCUGAACUCAUUAGCUGAGCCAUUUCUAAACUUAGAUCCGAAAUUAAUUCAAACUGAAGAAUAUGACCAAUUCAAUAAAUCAUUAUCAUAUAAAACGUUUUAUGAGAAUUGGUUACGCUACUUUUAUAUUUUAGUCCAACAGAAUAAUUUACACAAUAGUAUAGAUUCAGUUGAAGAACUUCAAAAACAAAUUCAGAUUUAUAAUAAUAAAUGCAAAGUGUUUGUGGCAGCGAGUAACUCAAAUAAGGAAACUGCCUGUAAUAACAAUAAUGAUUUACCGAAUACACACUUUCGAGAAAAUACAAGGGAUGAUUUAUUAACAGAUCAAAUUGGUAGCACUUUGACUUCACAGGAUCAAUAUAAAUGUGAACAAAUUUCCAACCAACAUAAAACUAUUUCAUCACAAAUAAAGAACAGCUUACUUAUUAACAACCAAUUAGUAGCAUACGAUUCAGAUAGUGAAUGUGAAUCCCUGCUAUCAAAUUCAAACCAAGACUUAGUCAAUUCAAAGACUGCUUCAAAUGAUCAAACAGAUAAUCCGUCUUUACGCACUUCAUCAAAAUCACAAAGAUUGAAAACUAUGAUACAAGAGAAGGAAGAUAGAAUUUCACUUAAUGAUGAUCUCGCGGAAAUAUAUGAAUUUGCACACUUGUUUAAAUUACGUAGACUCAGUUUGGGUUUGACCCAGACACAAGUUGGAGCUUCUCUAAAUGCCAAAGAAGGACCGAAAAAUUCAGGUAAAAACAAUCCUAAAAACAAUAAAAUAUAA